AUGCGCCGCCUGGCCCGACGUACACUUACCUCGCUGGUGCUGGCUGGUGCUCGCCGAUGGAUUGAAUCGCAGGAACCGUGCACGCCAGAUGCGAUUCGAGAACUGUUGCAGCGGGCGGAGAAGGAGCAAGAGAGGCGUGAGCUCGCUGUCGACCAGCGCAAGGUGGUGUUUACCGCCGCCAGUAGCGGGGACCAUCGUUCCCGCAUCGCUGCCGCUGAGGCGUUUGACGUGGCGGCGGCGGGGCUUCCGCGGCCGCCGAACUUUUGUUAUAUGAACGUUUCGGUGGACUACGCCUGUAUGGUGGAUGCACCUGAGGUCGUCUGGUUUAACAUGUGCAAGGUGAAUGGCUUCACCCCGUCCUCGGUGAAGGCUGGCACCGUGCACAUGCUAGGAGGGAUGGUGUGCCAUCAGCGCCUGGGCGGGGGGUUCAUUCAGGUGAUUCUUGGCUGCAUUCCAGACUUGGAAAUGGAGUCGUUCACGUUCGAUGCUAUUCCGGACAAGGACGAGAUCGCAGCGCCAGGCCGAGCGCCGCCAGCGGUGGCAUUUGCUAUGCUUGACACGGGUCUUGCACUCCAGUACGAGCAGGUACUCUCAGCGCACCUCAGCACUCUGAGCAGCUCACUCGGCAGGGAAUGCCCUUUGGUUGGUGGACUCUACCCUCCUGUUGGCAGUGUGACCGGUGGAGGAGACCCGAGUGGUAAGGUGGAGGACUCUAUCUUUUUCAUCAAUGACCGUGUUUAUAGAGGCAGUGCGGCUGCUGUUGUGCUGCGCAGCAAGCUCUUGAAGGCACACACAGCGAGUGUGGUUCCGUCGAUUUCCCUCGGCAGCGCCAGUGUAACUGACGUCGCGUGCGAGGGUGGUGUUGUGACGGUACGAGCGCUGAACAACCGGCCUGCCACGGAGGUUGUCAAAGAGCUGUACUCGCUGCCUGAGAUUGCGGAGAAGCCGAGUAAGGUGUUCCUUGGCCUGAGACACGGCGACGUGCAUGUGCCGGUUUCGUUUGUGGGGCAUCCCGAUAGGGGUGAGCUCAGUUUUUCACUUCCUCCGGGAAUCUCUCUAGACCAAAGCGACACUGUUGAUUUCCUCGUAGAUGACGCAGAACUGGACACGGAAAUGGCCGCAAGCCUCUUGAUCAGCAUGGAAAAACGCAUUGCACCGAUAUUUGUCGAGAAGGACAUCAAUGUGGCGCGCGAGGCGCGUCGUAACAUUGUGGCAUCCUCGACGGCGGCAUUUCACUUCUCCCACGGCGGACUGAAUACCAUCGCUAAACCGGAAGUCCCCGUCGUUAGCUUGGGCAGCGCUGGUGCGAUCUUCGCGCCAUCAAUUUUGCAGCGCUGUGUGGGUCGCUCGUGCCCGAACGCUGGCUUUUUCUCUCCCGGCCAGGUGGCGGCAGUGGCGGAUCUCACAUCCAUCUUUCCGCGGUCUAGCACCUACUGCUUUGUGCAGGGAACGGAGUAG